AUGAGUGGAAACCCCUUCCUGCAACCAGAUUCACCUGGAUCCACUGCUUCUAGAAGUAAAACCAUUGUUCGGCAGAAAUAUGUAGCUCGACAACCUUCUCAAGAUUACUUUGAACCCGCUGAAGAGAACUUUCAUGGCGACUUUUCAGAGUUUGAAGCGGUUCUGAGAGAAAUUCAUGAAGGAUGGCAGUUUAUGCUAGAGGAUGAUUUUGACCCAGUUACCCUCACGUUGAAGUUGAUGGAUGAUAGUUCUGUUGGAAAAAAGAAAGAUUACAAAGCAUUUCAACGCGUAUUGUAUAAUCUCGACAUGGCCCUGAAGACAAUUGUCAAUGAUUAUUAUAGAGGAUUCAACAACUCGAUUGGUACCUUUGGAGGUGUUUUACAGUACAUCAAUGAUUCGUCGAAUAGACUGGUCCAAAUGAAGAGUAAUCUAAAAAAGUGCAAAGAAGAGCUGUUAUUGAAGAGAAAUGAUCUUUUGAAUUUAUGGUAUAAAUCUCAACAAUACAAAGAGAUGCUCAGCAUAUUGGAAACAAUAGAAGAAUUGCGUACGACACCUGAAAAGAUCGAUGCCAUGAUGGAAUCCAAGCAUGUAUUGAGUGCCUCAAAGCUUCUAUCCAGCUCAAUCAAACAAGCAGUGAGCAAGGACAUGAUGCAAAUUGGCGCACUGGAUGACAUUAGAAGAACACUGACGACGCAGAAAAAUACAUUAUAUGAUCUUCUCAUUGAAGAGCUCCAUAAUCAUUUAUACCUCAAAAACUCUUACAGCGAUAAUCGAUGGUCUGUCUAUACACCCAGACAACAGGAUUUGCCUGAAACAACCAUCAAACCUAGAAAAUUUAAAGAAUCCAAAAAUACAAAUCAAGACUUUCAGAAUGCUCCAGACAUGUUUGCCGUAGAAAACGACAUUCUGGCUGAAGAUGCUGAUAAAAAUCCGGAGACAGACUCUUAUUACUACAUGGAAAUCAUCAUGGAAUCAUUGCUGGUUUUGGGCGAUAUUCCUGCAGCAUUAGAGACCAUUCAGGAAAGAUUGCCUGUCGAAAUUCAUGCGCUCGUCGAUAAGACCAUUUCUGAAGUAGAGCAAAGACAUUCGAAUCAAUGGAAUGCAAAUCGUAAAAAAGACAAGAACGCUGACGAUAACGAUAUUUAUUGUCUUGACAAGGCAAAUUCAGAGAUCAAGAACGAAGUCUUGAAGGACUUGCUAUGGACAUUGUAUUCAAAGCUUGAAGCUGUGCUUAGAGGACACAGAUUUGUUGAAGCUUGUGCUCGACGCAUCAAAAAGAGACUAUUGACUGCCAGAGCAACCAAUCCAGAGGAAGGUUCUGGCUCCAACAUCAAUGUGUAUCAUUUCCAUGAAAUCUGGAAACCUGUACAAAGUGAAGUUCAAUCCAUUUUGCAAGACUACUUGACGAGUUCAGAUCAAAACAUCGUGUCUGUCAACGAUCCUGCCUCAGCAAAGAAAUUUCGUGGAAAACGAGACAACCCCAAGCAGCUCUUUACAUUUGCAGAGGCUACCGAGAAUGUCCAGCUAGAAGAGUCGUACGAUGAUCUGAAGCGAAAACUAUCCUUAUCUUAUAAGAAAAAGAUUCCAGGAUUGGGUGACAAGACGCUGCACUCGACUAUUGUAGACAAGUAUGCCAACGAGAUGUCUUCUAAAGGCCACAAGGUGUUGGUAAAACCAGACGCUUACAAUGUCAGUGUUCUGUUGAAGCCAACCAUGUCAUUUUUACAACGAUUGAGAGAGGUGUUUCCCAACUAUGAUGACCACAACGAGGAAGGAUUCGACAGCUUCUUGGACGAUUUUGCUGUCAAUGUAUUUUUACCUCAGAUCGAAGAGAAGGUGAUGCAACUGAUUCAGCACGCUACAGUUGGUUUGGAUGCCUUCCAAGAUGCUCGAGACUACAAAAACUAUUCAAGAUACCCUAUUGCAAAGGCCGCCGUUGCUUUAAUCUCUGUGAUUCAGAGUUUAUGUCGUACCAUGCACAGUAUGCCAUUCCAUACUGAUGAAUAUGUUCGUUUGAUUGAAGUGGUCUUGCUGAAAUUCUACGAAAAAUGUUACCAACGAUUCUACUCUACGGUGGCCAGAGGAAGUUCUUACGGUGACAACCAAGAGAAGAAUGUCACUGAUGUCAGUGUGAGUAUCAGUGGUGAUUGGGCCCAAGAAGAGAACCUGGUUGGACUCCUAGCCCAGAAUCCAUUCUUCAACGACGACUCCAAGACAGAUCAUGAAUUUAUCAAGGCUCUCAAUCAAUCUGAAAUAAUCAUGGAAUUGAAGCUAAAGAACGAUCGCGUACUGGAAUCAAAUGAGCUCAUUUUCGACUCUAAAAAGCUGAUUGCAUUGGGGAGAUUGUACCAUACCCUCAAAUGGUUUGUGCGAGAGAUCUGGGAUCUGCGUUCUGCGCACGUUCCACCCUCCAUGAUUACAUCGGCACCCAAACUCAACGCUGAUAGAGACGACGAAGAUUCCCCUGAAGUCAAGUAUUCUAAACGAUGGUCAAGUGAAGAGACGAGACCUGCAUUUAAGGAGCCCUCUGAUACCAUUCAGCCUGUUCUGUUACCCCUGAAAGGCGAAAUAGCAAAACGCUUUGAUGCACUAUUGACUACCUACCAGCAGCUUGCAGAGACCUGUUUAUUCACACUGAGAUUGGAAGGACGCUGUCAUACCAUGUACUAUUUGGAAAUGGCUAUUCGAGACGGAAACUACCAUCUGGAAGACGAGACUUUUGAGCCAGACCCAUAUGUCAUUACGCUGAACUCUGAUUUAAUGGAGCUGGACGAUUGCAUCAACGCAUCAUUGCCGCCCAAGGACGAGUUGUUUGCAUUUGAUGGGUUGCCAGGGCUCAUUGUGCACAUUUUGAUAUCAGAAGCAACUUACAUCAAACGACUCAACAACAAUGGCGUUCAAAAGAUGGCCAGAAACGUCCUCGCACUGCAACAAAAUCUCAGCAACUUUGUGCCUCUAUCGCAGUGUUCCAUCAUGGAGAGGGCAAGAGAGUACUACCAACUGUACAAUCUGGGUAGCGAGGGCAUUAUUAAAUCAAUCCAAGAAAAUGGGCCCAAAUUCACAUUUGACGAAUACCGCAUCAUGCUUGGCCUGAUCCACGACAUCAACCAAGAUAAAGAUGAUGAGCCAAAGAGCGCAUUGGAGUCGGCCUCUUCAUCUAAGCUGGAGGAGACGAGAAAGAACAACAGCAACAAGUACAGUGAAUGGUUGAUGGAGUUGGUUGAGGUGAUGGCAGAUUACGAGAAUUAA